CAUUCCCUCCGGAGGGUGGGGGAAGUAGGAGAGUGAGACAUGGCGUCGGAGGGUGCCAUCAUCCCGCAGCUAGUGGAGAGUAUAACACAGAAAAGCAGCCCCUCCGCAGCCACUUGUAGCGUGCCCAUGGCGGGGGGUGACAUUAGUAGUAGUGCCCAAACCACCAUCCCCUGCCAGACAGAAAUUGUUUUGGAUGAGAGAACGAAAAGGGAACUUUUUACAGACACCUUCUGUAGAGUGUGUGGAGCAGUCCUACAGUUUGAAUCCCACAGAAAUGCACAUUAUGAGGGUAAGAGACAUGCCCAGAAAGUUCGCCUUUAUUUCCUAAAUAAAGAACUGGAAGAAAUGGCCUAUAAAAAGAAAGUGGAUCAGAAAACAGAACGUAUGAAUUUCCAUGUGGAUCAGCAGUUGGCCCAGGAUAAAAACAAGUUCUGUAGCCUGUGCAACAUGGUGUUCAGUUCUCCAGUUGUCGCCCAGUCACAUUAUGUGGGAAAGAUUCACGCCAAAAAGCUGAAGCAGUUGUCUGGAGAAACGAGUGAGUGGACACCGGAAGCCGAUUCCUCAAUGACCAGUGAAGCAGCUGUACCACCUGUUAGUGAGCAGGACGCUGUCAUGUCCUCUCUGUCAGAGAAAUCCAACCAACAAGAAGCCAGCACCGAGACGUCCUCUGCUGAUAAUGAGAUCGAUCUCAGUGACCCGAACAAGUACUGCAAGCUCUGCUGUGCCUCUUUCAACAACCCGUUGGUGGCCCAGCAACACUACAAUGGCAAGAAACAUGCUCGUAACGAGCUACGGCGGAAGAUGAUGGAGGAGAUGGAAGAUACGGGGAUGAGUGUGGACACGGGGGCAGGAGAUGGAGUAUACGUGUGUCCAAUCUGCAGCAUAACCCUCACCUCCAUAGAGAUGUACCAGUCCCACAUGCAAGGAAACAAGCAUCAAAUCAAAGAAAACAUAGUGGCCCAUUUAAUGAAAUCAACAAAGAAGAACUAUGAUUCUUUUGAGAAUGAAUUAGAAGAUUAUAUAAAAGUGCAGAAGGCUCGAGGUCUGGAACCAAAAACUCAAUUUAGACCAGAAAAAGAUCAGCAGGACAGUCCUGAGGAAAUAGAGCCCGCACCACCACCUCACCCAAAUCCCAACCCUGCUGCUUACAACUAUUUUGGUCAUAAGCCUAUGCCAUACCAAGCUUAUAAUCCCAUUCAUAAAAGUAAUCCUAGAAUGCCUGCCUGGGAGCCGAAUUACUGGCCACAAAGGCCAGCAAGGAUGCCCAUAAAAAUAGCCCCACCCAGGAAACAUCUUCCCUCCAGCCCCGACUCUAGCGACUCCUCCUCCUCCUCAGAUGACAGCAGUGGCUCGUACAAAAGGGAGAAACGCCACAAACGGGAACACAGAAACAAAGAACGGAAACACCACAGCAAAUCAAAGCGAGGAAUCGAGAGCAGCGAGAGAAAGAAACGGAAAGUCGAGGAAACCGACUCGGGAAAAGAAGACAGCGAAAAGGAAAAAAAAUCAGAUGCGGUUCCCGUUGAUAAAUCUAAACACAAAAAAGAAAAGAAAGACAAGCCGUCUACUGAUAAAGAAAGCAGCAAAAAACACAAAAAGCCCAAAAAAGUGCAGGACCAAAGAACAGAGGAGGAGAUAUUGUGGGACGAAUCCAUCCUGGGUUUCUAAACACCUCUAGAGUAACCAAUAUAUUCAAAUGUAUAUGUAAAAUAUCCUUCAGAGAGUCUCAGAUCCAGGACUUUGGGAGCGGAUGACAUUAUUAUGCAAUAGUAUGCUUCUCUGAGUAUGAAUAAGGUCAGCAAGAGAAAGUAGUCCAACGUCUGACAUAUAUGGCAGGUUCUUGUCUCACCUAGAAUGCCGUCUAAUUUAUUUUAAUUUUAAUUUUUAACUUUUUUUUUCUUCUCUUCAGCAAAAACUGGUUGUUUUCCUUUUAUUACACACUAUACUUUCUUUAGGCUCCAAAGUCUCUCAGCUGCUAUACAGAGGAUUUAUAAAUUUGUGAUGUUCUUAUGAGUAAGUUAGCGACUUUUUCUAUCAGU